GCUAGUUUGCCCACGGAUGAUGCGGAUGCUAGGAGUGCGGGCGAGUCGGACACGAGGAGACGAGUGAUGGGUGGAGGGUCUGGAGAUGGCGUGUUUGCCAAUCUGAGCGCCAAACCGGAGAGGAGGAGACGCACCGCAGAUGGAGGUGAUAGGGGUGAUGACGACGAUCUGGUCGACGAGACCUUGCCACCGACCUACGAUGUAGCAGCUGCAGACUCUGCACCGCCUUAUUGGGAGACUACGAUAGUGGGGGGAGGCAUGCACCCUCUUGCGCCCGGCGGAAUGGGUUGGACACCCGGCGGUGCCCACGUUGGCGAGAUCGAAGACCUCAUCGUGGAAGGUCUGCCAGUCGGCAACUUUUUCGGAUUCGCUUGGAACCUCAUGGUCAGCAUGAGCUUCCAAUUUGUUGGCUUCCUCUUGACUUAUCUGCUUCACACUACCCACGCGGCACGUUGCGGCAGUCGAGCAGGUCUUGGCAUCACCCUGAUCCAAUACGGUCUUUUUCUCCGCACGCGAAAUCUGCCCUCGAGCGACCCUCUUCCCGGACAUGCAGGUUCACCAGACGGAAACGCUCCAGGAUCAACCCCCAACGAAGCCAUCGUCAUUUCUGGCGACAUGAACAGUGCCAAUGGAAAUGCGGGCGGAAGUGGAAGGGAUGAUGGAUUGUUUCCGGUAGAGGAAGGAGCGCAAUGGUUGUCUUACAUUCUGAUGGUACUCGGCUGGUUCAUCGUGCUCUCCAGCUUGGUCUCUUACUGGCGCGUGCACCGAUGGGGAAGGUUAUUGGUUGCGGCAGCGCGCAGA